AUGUAGUAUGGCAUGUGUCACGUCAAACAGAUUAACUCCCUUAAUUUUAUUAACCAAACUGGCAUUUCUGGCCCAAUGUUUGCUGGAGACGGAUGCACAUUGCGAUAAGAUCGUACGAUAUUAUGAUGAAACGCUUGUCGCCUUAUUCAUCCAUUUGCCUGUUUGUGCUCGUGACAUUUCAUAGCCAGCAAAUUUAUACUGAUUAUCAUGGGCGUUAUACACGUGCUGCUAAAUUACCAGACGACCAUGAACUAGUAAUACCACGGAAGGUCAGAUCGGAUGGAAGUUUUGUAUCUCAUCAAAUACCUCAUCAUUUUGAGCGUUCUUUCUAUCAAAAUCGAACUACAUCCGACGACACCGUUCACUAUCGCUUACGUAUUGGUCUCGAAGAGCAUCACAUCGAACUAUAUCCCAAUUAUCGACUUCUUGGACCAGGUGCAAUAGUCGAGAAACGUCAAGGAUCGCAGGAUUUCUUGAAUAACAUGCGAUUGAAGCGGUUACGAGACACGCAAUGCCACUAUCGGGCCCGUGUACGCAACCAAUUGGAAGAUAGCGCUUUAUCUACCUGUUAUGGACUCGUUGGAUACAUCAAAACGAAACGUGCGUGGUACAUGAUCGAGCCAGUAGCGGGCCAUGAUUUUACCAAAGAAAUAGAGCAACCGCAUAUUGUGUAUAAAAGGAGUCCAGAUGACUUUCAGACUACUGCUAUGCAGAAUCUCUGCGAUGUCAUUAACAAUACAUCUAGAAUCAUUGCCAAGCGUGCUUUGAAUUCGCAGAAGAAAGCACUCACAGAAUCGAAUGAGUUCAAAUCAUACACGUUAGAAUUGCUGGUCGUAUUGGACAAAUCUUUGUUAGAUUAUUACAGAAAAAUGUCGUUUGAUGCUGCAGGGUUGUUUCAUGAUGUCAGUUUAGGUGUACACAUGCAAUUGACUAUAGUGAGAAUUAUAAGAUUAGAAGUGGAAGAAAAUGAGAUGAAUUUAUCGAUAAAUCAAGACGCGGGUACGACGUUAAAGCGUUUUCAAGAGUGGCAAUACAUCAUGAAUCCUGGCGACGAUUCCCACCCGAAUCACCACGAUUGUGCGAUUCUCAUUAGCAGGUUAGAUAUCUGUGUCUCGAGAAACCUCUGCGGUUUCACCGGAACAUCCACGAUUGCUGGUACGUGUGAUCCUUUGAGAGGCGCUGCCAUUGUGAGAGAUGCCGGUCUGCCAACCGGUUAUCAUAUAGCUCAUCAGAUCGGCCACACCCUGGGUAUGUCCCACGAUGUGCAACGGGAGAACGGCUGCCCCGGUAUAGUUUAUCACGGGAACGGAUACGCGGAGACCACCGUUAUGCAUCCCGGCGACAUGUACAUCACGAAAAAAUGGUCCGAGUGCUCUCGGCGGUACCUGCGCUCGUACAUCGAGCAAGGUUUGGCAUUCUGCUUAGAGGACGAGCCACAAGAUCAUCAUUUUCCCGCCGCGGAAAUGUUGCCUGGCGUGAUGUAUAACGGUGACGAUCAAUGCCGUUUACUAUAUCGAUCAGAUGCUCGGCAAUGCGAUAUGGGGAUCACUUGCGAAACCCUCAGGUGCGCUAUUCCGGGUAGAGGUUGCGUGUCUAGCAAGAAACCACCUGCGGAGGGCACCUCGUGCGGUGAGAAAAGGUGGUGUUACCGAAUGAAAUGUCUAAUGAUGGGAGAACGACCUGGAGUAAGAGACGGCGGUUGGGGAGCCUGGUCCUCCUGGAGCAAGUGUUCUCGUACCUGCGGCUCCGGCGUGUCAUACUCCGUAAGAAAAUGCAACCAGCCGUCCCCAUCCAGAGGCGGCUCUUAUUGCAUUGGCGACAGGAAACGUCACAAAAUCUGCGCCACGAACCCCUGCGAAAUCGGCGCGCCAUCGUUUCGUGACGUGCAGUGUGCCGAAUUCAAUGAUUGGGUAUUUCCAGAGGAUGGAAAAGUUCAUCAAUGGAUAGCGUAUAAUCUGCCGGAAAGCUUGAAGAUGUCUGAAAAUCCCUGUGCUCUUUAUUGCAUGAGCGAAACUAAUUUAGUGACCUCGCUGAGACCAAAGGUAAUAGACGGUACUACGUGCUACAGAGGUAUUCGAGACAUUUGUAUCGGGGGUGUGUGCAGGGAGAUACCCUGUGAUCUACAUAUGGAAUCAACUGCCGUCGAAGAUGUUUGCGGAGUUUGUAGAGGCGACAGCACAUCGUGCACGUUAAAGCAAGGAACAUUAUCAUUUAUGGCUCAAACACGACUCAAGAAGAUAACGGACAUCCCGACCGGCGCCAGGAAUAUCCGCGUCGAGGAGGCGGAACCGACAAAGUCUAGGAUCGUGGUGCGCACCAAAAAGACGAAAACCGUGUUAAUUGACGGUAAUCGCCUAGGAAUGUUCGAUGUGCCAGGCUCUAAGGCGUGGCUAGGAAUGAUAAGGCCAAGACAAGAAGCUUUAAACAUACCAGGACCCGUCACCGAGGACUUAGUUAUAUUGGUUUUUCCAAAGGAGAAUGUCACAUUGAAAUACUCAUUAGGAUUGAAGCAACGAACUCCACGCAAAGCCGAGUUCUCUUGGGACUUCAUCGACUGGGAAAAAUGUUCGGCAGGUUGCGGCCCGGGGGAACAAAUAUCGAAACCUCGUUGUAUAGAAAAAAUUGGUGGGCUAGUAGAUAAUAAAUUUUGCAGAAACAUCACUAAACCAGACGCAAAGGUCAAACCAUGCAAUCAAGCUCCCUGCAUACCGCGGUGGAUCAUUGGCGACUGGCAAGGUUGCACGCCGUGCACGCCAGACUGCAAGAGAAGGCGCGCUGUCAAAUGUAUGCGACCUGUCGGCCGUGGCGAGCAGGAUGCCGACGUGAUCGAGGACAGCUACUGCCAAGGACCGAAGCCAAGGGAGUCGGAGUCCUGCGAAGCCAGCCGACGAAGACGAGAAGACAGAAGUGCCACCGACGGCAAACAUGGGCUCUCUUCCGCUCGUUCGAGCACGCUAACGCGACAAAACGACUUUAUUAAAGCCGCUCGAGAGUCUAAGUCUAAGACGCCUUUAAGUGGCGUCAUAGUAGAAGACCGACUUCCGAAUAACUUGUCCGUGUCGGCAAGACGGACUGGGAAUCCAACCAAUCUUUCUUAUUUGAUCGGCACCAGAUAUGUUAAUGCACUUCCGAGUAAAACGACGAAUUUAAUUUCGUUGGAUGGCUCAAGUCGAAAUUCGACUAAGGCGUAUCAAGAUCGCUCUCAAAUCAAUCAAAGAUCAAAGAGUAUGCCGAACCGUAAGAAGGAACAAAUUAAUGAAAGUAAGAUCAAAAAGAAUGAGGUAGUGAUCGAUAAAGAGGACAUAGGGAACUUGACGCUUACGAUUAUUCUGGAACGCGAUGAGAGGAACGUCGUCACGAAUUUUCCAAAAAAUUUUGAGCCUUAUCCGCCGGAAAACAGCACGGAAUUUACUUUGGUCGGUAUGGAUGCUCUCAGAUACAUACAAAUAAUUCAGGAGGAAGCUCGUGCAUCUUUCUGAGUAUCGAUCUUUUGCGAAAAAGGUAUACGCGACAAACUGGAUCAAUGAA